UCCCUAACAUUCGAAGUGUUCACAAUUUCAUUUGAAACUUUUAGCGCCGUUGCUCGCAAACACCAAAAUUAAAGCAGCCAAAGUAUAAUGCAAAGAACGAUAGCAAAUUUCGUAAAAAUCUUCGUUGUAAUUUCGUUAAUUUGUCACUAUGUAAAAGCACAACAAAAUCAAGUAAGUCCGAAACUAGAUUUUAAUGAUGAUGACAAUAAGGAUAACUCAACGAUAUCAGCCAAUAAACAAGGACGAUCUGAAGAUCGUAACAGCGAAAGAAACAAAGAGGAUGACACUGAUAAAAACUCCGGAAAAUCUGGACCUAAAAUCCAUGGGGUCAGAGUAACUGUGGAUACCGGCGAUGGACAGACAUCUAAAGAAUCAAAAGAGAGUGUCGAAAUCACCGAUUUGGGUAAAAAUAAGAAACGCGUUGGCAUUCAUACGGACAUAACCUUCGAAAUCACGGCCGGAGGAGAUGCCCAUGAUAACAAAACCAGCAGAGAGCAUGAUGUCGAUGAGAAAGAAGAUGCCAGCGUACCUAUUUUCAAAGGUAGAGGAGGAUCCGGUUCUCAUAAGAAUCGAAAACCUCUAGACCCCAAAUCACAGUGGAACCCCAAUUUUUCAGCAGAGCGCAGAAGUUAUGAUCAUUCCGGGCGUGGCCAUUAUCCCGAUUACCAAGAAUAUUAUCCUAGUAACAUACCAGUUUAUAUGGGUUCGGGAGGGAGUGGUCAUGGAGGUGGCGGUUCCGUUUAUCGCACACCUGAUGGCUGGAACAGCUAUAUACCUCGAUCUAAUUAUUGGACAACCGAACGCGCAUAUUCUAAUGCCUACAAACCUAACGAUGUUUCCGGAUACCGUGUAAGUCCAAGUUGGAAGCCUUGUUAUUGUAUAACAAACGACAAUGAAUACCGAAGGCGUCGUGACAACAGACAACACCAGCAACACCACCAUGAUCAGCAUGAUCAAAACGAAGGUGUUGUAAAGCCCACAAGUUCGUUAAUUGAGAUUAUUGAUGGAAAAUUGGAGAAAAGGUUGUUCAGCAAAUAACUGCAUUUUGCAUAUAUUUUUAUAUGUUUUUGUUUCAAAUAACCGAAAAAAAACCGGUAACAUUGUUAAUUGGAAAAGAAUAAAAUUGAUUUCAAGGAAAAAUA